AUGUGGAUUGCCAUUGUGCUCUUCCCCCUGAUCUCCUGUGUGUGUGAGCAGAGGUUUGCUGCCCUGAGAGGGAGAGGAGUGCAUGUGGUGCAGAUCAGCAGGCUUUCCUCUGAGCAGCAGUGUAGGCAGGCCUGCCUAAGUCCAGCUGCUUCAGGUCACCACCACUGUAACUGGGCUGUGCCCUACCACAAUCACUGCCUCCUCUUGCAGUGUCACCAGCUGAGUGUGUGCCAGAAUGCUGGAGAACAGGACCUCAAAGAUCUGCUUGGAGGAAUUGUCAGUGGGAGAAGGGACACAGCCCUGCUUCACCCCCAGAAACAGCAGAGAGAGGGGGAUGCAGGGGGAGACCAAUACAAGGUGCAAAACCCGCCGGCUGCCUCCACUGCUGCUGCUCACAAGGUCCACCUGAGGCACUUGCUUGAGGCUGAGGGUGAAGAUGGAACAACAAAUGCAAGCAGAACAAUUGCAAGCAAUGCUGCAGCCACCACCCCCACAGCCACCACUGCAGCCACCACUGCAGCCACCACCACCACCUCAGCCUCCACUACCAUAACAACAAGGGCCACAAAUGCCACUGUCCUCUCUACAGCCUAUGGAACAACUGCCAAAGCCUCCACUGCCUCUGGAGGUUCUCAUCUCGCUGAAGCCACAUCAGUCACUGCCUCUUCUCCUACUUCUGCUAACAGUUCCAGCCAUGUCACCAAGCCUGGGCUCACCAUGGAAAGCUCAGGACACAGCAGCUCUGUCUCAGUGUCAUCCCCCAGCUCUGCUGCCCUCCCUGUGUCCUCUGCAGCAGGUACUGAGUUGCCUCCCCGGGAGCGCUUGGAGCCAGGCGCCAGCAGCGUUCCCCCCCCUGCUGCUGCUGGGGCUGGCCUGGGCACACUGAGCAGCCUCAGCUCAGAGGCUGCAGGAGUGUCUCCCACUGCUCCCAUGGCACUGGACCCUCAGGACAGGACACCCUCUGCUAACCCUCUGCCUGGCACUACAGUGCUGCAUCUAGAGCCAGAAGCAGGGGCAGCUCCCACGUUCUCAUCUGCUCCUCCUCUGGGCUCUGCAAGAGGUGUGGAAGUUUCACUUCCUGCCUCUCCAGCACAAACAACGACUGAGCCUGGGAUGGAGCCAACAUCUCUCACUUCCUCCCCAGCAGAUGCCCCCAGAACAACAGCUCCUGGCAUUGCAGGUGCUCAGGACACAGAUAGUGAUUACCUGCUGGUUGCUGCUGAGCCCCUGACCCAGUACCUGGUGGACAGGAGCUCCCUGCUGGCAGUGCUUCUGGUGGGCACAGGCUUCCUCAUCACUGUCCUGGUACUCUUCCUCAUGCAGGCCUACGAGAGCUACAAGAAGAAGGAUUACACCCAGGUGGAUUACCUGAUCAAUGGGAUGUAUCUGGACUCAGAGAUGUGA